AUGAGUUGGCAGCUCCGCCCAAGCCGACAACAAACAAAACAAAGCAAAAGAGAAAAACAACAAACUUUCUGUGAAAUUACGCAUUGUUGCGACUCAUAAAUGGAUCAUCAAGCAACAGGCGGAGGUGCUGUGCACCCGGGCGUAUCGCCGGUACACCUACAGGACACCGACCAACUGCUCGAUCCUGUACUGUUCUCAAACGACAAUGGAAGUUUCAAGCUAAAAACAGUGCCUGCAUUUAGCCUGCAUUUGUUAAUCUCCACGGCAAUUUCAAUAAUUGGCAUCGUUUUGGCAGCCUCUUAUCCUGCAGAGAAACGCUGCGAUGCGUACUUCAUAAUGCUCUACUUACGUGCUACAUUCUGGGUCAUCACAUAUCUCUUCGACCACUUUGUGAAGAUACAGCACAAUAAUCUGCGCAUGAAUGGCUAUCACGACUUUCAUCGCGAGACGAACAUGCAGAAGGGCAUUCCACUGCAACUGGUAUCUCUCUGGAACUCGGCUCUUCUAGCUGUCCAGGCGCUCAUUCAUCAUUAUUAUGGAGAAAACUUCUGGGAACAUUGCGCCGCAGGAUGGCUGUCACCAGUUAGUUAUGUGACAGCCUUUACUGUGGCUGAGAACCUGGUGCUAACUGUUACUCACUCAUUUUAUAUAGACAAAGUGCGAAAAUUUAACAACGCAAAGCUUGUCCCAGAUGUUCUUCGUGGUACUGAUCGUGCCGGCGGUUCAUUGGGUCUCAUGCAACCUGGAGGCGACACUACUGAGCUCCUGGAGAAGCAGGCCGACCUUAUUGCCUACCUGCGUGACCACACGCACAAGCUCAACCAGAAACUGCAUCAAAUGCAGACCAAUGUGCGACCAGUGCGGGCUCCCCAAAUUCCUUAAAGACCACUCAAUAUAAAUAUAUAUACGUAUUAUCAUAUUUUUACUAGAAGUUCUCAUUUUAUUUUUGAUUACAAUUACGACGAAGAAAUAAUCUUCAAAGAAUAUCAAUUGGACAAAAAAAAUGUAAAAUCCAACUGUAUAUACAGAGAACAUAAUACUUAAUCAAUGGUCAACGAUUAAGUUCAUUGUAUUAUAUUAUAAAAACAAGUGCGUGUAAAAUUGUUAAAUUAAAAUCGAUUUGCAAUAAUAA